AUGAAAACGAAAAAUAACAAUAAAAUUAUCCGCUCCCCUCGUCCUUUUCCUGUCACCGUUUGGCUCAGCAUGUCCUUUUCUUCUUUACUGAAUUUUUUUCUUUCUUUUUUUCUAUCUUUCUUUCUUUUUUUUCUCUCUUUUAUCUGCCUUUCUUUUUUUUAUACUAUCUCUCUUUCUUUCUGUCUUUUAUUUUUUUAUUCUUUCUUUCUGUCUUUUUUCUCUUUUUCAUUCUUUCUUUCUGUCUUUUCGUUUCCCAAACUUUAUUUGUCUUUUUCUUUUUUCAUUCUUUCUUUCUGGUUUUUAAUUUUUUUAUUAUUUUUUCUGUUUUUUUCUCUUUUUCAUUCUUUCUUUAAUUCUUUCACUUUUUUAUUCUUUCUUUCUUUCUUUUCUUUUUCAUUCUUUCUUUCUUUUUUCUCUUUUUCAUUCAUUCUUUCUUUCUUUCACUUUUUUAUUCUUUCUUUCUUUAGAGGUUUCUUUUCUUUUUCUUUCCUACUCUUCAUAAAGUUUUCUUUUCUUUCUUUCUUUCUUUCUUUCUUUCUUUUUAUGACUUUUUGUUUGUUUGUUUCUUUCUUUCAUAUAGUUUACUUUUCUUUCUUUCUUUCUUUCUUUCUUUCUUUUUAUGACUUUUUGUUUGUUUCUUUCUUUCAUAUAGGUUUCUUUUUUCUUUCGUUCCUACUAUUCAGAGCUCUUUCUUUCCUCCUCUUUAUGAUAAAUCUUUCUUUCUUUCUUUCUUUCUUUCUUUCUUUCCUUCCGCUUUCUUUUUUCCUCCUUAUGACUGUUUCUUUCUUUCAUUCUUAUUUUUUCUUUCUUAUAUGUUUAUUUUCUUUCUUUCUUCCUCUUUAUAAAUCUUUAUUUCUUUCUUUCUCUUCAUAUAGGUUUCUUUUCUUUUUCUUUUUCUUUCAUUCUCUUUAUAUACUUUUCUUUUCUUUCUUUCUUUUCUUUUCUGUACUUCUUUUUUUUCUUUCAUGUGGCUAG